AUGGCGCUGCAGUUUGAAGCCUUCUGUGCUGCGGGCCUGGUCCCGGGCUGGAACCUGCUGGUCCAGGGACACUCUGACUCUGGAGAGGACAAGUUUGAGAUCAACUUCUUGUCUGAGAAGGGGGACAUUGUCUUCCACAUCAAGCCCCGGUUCUCCAGCGCCACCAUGGUGGGCAACGCCUUCCAGGGCGGCCGCUGGGGCCAGGAGGAGGUGUCCAGCGUCUUCCCGCUUGUGCUGGGGGAGCCCUUUGAGAUGGAGGUGAGCUCGGACGCGGAGCACUUCCACGUCCACGCCCAGGAGCACAAGGUGCUGCAGUUCGCGCACCGCCACAGGCCGCUGGCGGCCAUCACCCGCGUGCAGGUGCUGAGCGACCACCGCCUGGCCCAGGUGGAGCUGGCCAGGAGGAGCCUGAGCUGGGGGGAGGGGGGCUACUGAGCUGUGCCCGGAGUCCCAGGAGCGAGCCUCGGCCAUCCCACGUCCAGUGGAGCCCACCCUGGGGAAGCUGCAGGGAGGGGUCUGUGGUUCUGGGCCCCGCUCCAGCUCCACUUUCAAUAAAGUCUGAGCAGGCUGUAGGACUUGGCUGCUGUGAGCGGCGGUGGGGUGGGGCUGAGGGGGACACAGGCUUGUGGGGAGCCCCCUCCGUGGGUCAGAAGAUCCCAGCUGGUCCCCGCCCAGAACCACUGGGCUCGCACCCCUCCGGCUCAGCCCUCAGGGGUGCAUCCUGCCCAGGCCAAGAGAGUCUGCUGGGAGGUCCCGAAGCUUCCUUCUCCUCCUACUUCCGUUCGAGUGGAGGGAAGGGGUCUUUCCUGUUUCUCCUCUUUCCACCUGGAAGUGAGACGUGCUGCUGUCCCUG